AUGGCUGUUGCAUCUGCUACAAUUGCUUCUUACAAGGGCCUCACUGAAUGUGGCUGUCACCUAUUGCAUUCAAGCUGUUUUCAGAAACAGAAUGAUGCUGGUUUUACAAAUGGCUAUACAACAGAUGACAUUGAAUUUUACUGGCGUGGGGGUGAUAAUGCAGUCACAGGAGUGACGAAGAUUGAACUGCCGCAGUUCUCCAUUGUAGACUACAAGCUUAUCACCAAGAAUGUUGUUUUCUCUACAGGUGCCUACCCAAGGCUGUCUCUCAGCUUUAAACUUAAGCGAAACAUUGGUUACUUCAUUCUGCAGACCUACAUGCCUUCUAUUCUGAUCACUAUCCUGUCCUGGGUAUCCUUCUGGAUUAAUUAUGACGCUUCAGCUGCAAGAGUUGCUUUAGGAAUCACAACUGUGCUCACAAUGACAACAAUUAACACCCAUCUUCGAGAGACUCUUCCCAAAAUUCCAUAUGUGAAAGCCAUUGACAUGUACCUUAUGGGAUGUUUUGUCUUCGUUUUCAUGGCUCUUCUGGAGUAUGCAUUGGUCAACUACAUCUUCUUUGGCAGGGGACCUCAGCGUCAAAAGAAAGCGGCAGAAAAAGCCGCUAGUGCCAACAAUGAGAAGUUGCGAAUGGAUGUCAAUAAGGACAGAAGAAUAAUUGGCACAUAUCAUUGUCCAGAAAUGUAUUCAACAAAGAUGGAUCCACAUGAAAAUAUUUUAUUGAGCACACUUGAAAUUAAAAAUGAGAUGGCUGCCUCUGAGGCUGUGAUGGGGCUUGGGGACCCUAGAAGCACUAUGCUGGCGUAUGACACUUCAAGCAUCCAGUACCGGAAAGCUGGCUUACCCAGACACAGCUUUGGUCGCAACGCCCUGGAGCGACAUGUGGCACAGAAGAAAAGUAGGCUACGGAGACGUGCAUCUCAGCUGAAAAUCACCAUUCCUGACUUGACUGAUGUAAAUGCCAUAGAUCGAUGGUCGCGCAUAUUCUUCCCUGUUGUUUUUUCCUUCUUCAAUAUUGUCUAUUGGCUUUACUAUGUGAACUAAGAAACAAAGCCACAUGGGAAGCAAGAACUGGAUUUCUCUUCAAACUGGUUGUACAGCCAAAAGUGGGACUUAGAAAAAUUCUAUUCAGGACAAAAUGUUAUUUUAAAACACCUUAGUUGCUGGCCCACUCUAUGGUCUGUUUUUAUAAUGUUUUGGUUGUAUCUGCUAAAUCGUAAAUGUGUUAAGUUGCAGUAUGGACGCAUCCCCUUAUCAAAAUACAAGUGCAUUUUGAGUGUGAAGGCAAAUUGGAUUUUGACAAUCAUUUCUGUCUCAUUGUCCCUCACUCUCUCUCUUUUUCUUUCCUUUUUUUUUAAUGGCUGUUAUAGUGAUAGAAAUUGCAGAGCGGCAUUUGAGAAACAAGUUCUAGUUUGAACAGCAGUACAUACCAUUCCCAGGGAAACUGCAUAUCCGAGACAUGCAUCUACGCUUAAGAGAGUGUAUUAAGUUACCAUUCUUAUGAAACACACACUUUACCUUUUAAAUGUGUAAACUUGAAAACAAGCAGUGCCUACCAUCUUUCCAAGAUGAUGAUGGUCAGAGGUUUCCCAACCAUAUUCAGGUAUUUCCUGUUAUUCAUUGAAUGAACUAAACCUUUGACUGAUAAUGUUAGGG